AUGACUGCGAUACGCUGCAUUGGCGAGGCUAGACAAGGUCGAGUGGAGAAGGGCGUCGCUGGGGCAUGCUCAGUGCUUGGCUCUGGAAGAUAUAAGUCAAACACACCACCGCUCUUUCUCUGCUCACACACCUGUCUGCUUCCCCUCGCACCCAUACCUUCUCCCGUCCACCAAUUGACACCGACUGCCUUACAAUCGCUUCCAUUCAUAUUUAGGACCCUAACUUUCGUUUCGUCGCCAUGUGGUAAGUCCCCGCCGCCCCACCAUGGGAAGCUGUCGAAGCUACGGGGAGCUCAAGCUGACGACUGUGUUUACAGCGGUAUCUUCGGUUACAUCAACUACCUGGUGGAGAAGGACAGGAAGUACAUUCUCGACACACUGAUCAAUGGUCUGCAACGUCUAGAGUACCGCGGUUACGACUCGGCCGGUCUUGCCAUUGACGGUGACAAGAAGAACGAGGUCUACGCAGUCAAGGAGGUCGGCAAGGUCGCGUCGCUGAAGAAGCUCGUCGAGGAGCAGAACUUCGACCUCAACAAGGUCUUUGACAGCCACGCUGGUAUUGCCCACACCCGAUGGGCCACCCACGGUCCCCCCUCGCGUGUCAACUGCCAUCCCCACAGGUCCGACCCUAACUGGGAGUUCUCCGUCGUCCACAAUGGAAUCAUCACAAACUACAAGGAGCUCAAGACCCUGCUCGAGAGCAAGGGCUUCAAGUUCGAGACUGAGACCGACACCGAGGCCAUUGCCAAGCUCACAAAGUACAUCUACAGCGAGCACCCCGACCUGAGCUUCCCCUCGCUCGUCAAGGCCGUCAUCAAGGAGCUCCAGGGUGCUUUCGGUCUUCUCCUGAAGUCCGUCCACUACCCCCACGAGGUUGUUGCUGCCCGCAAGGGUUCUCCCCUCGUCAUCGGUGUCCGAACACAGAAGAAGAUGAAGGUUGACUUCGUCGACGUCGAGUACAACGACGAGGGUGCUGCUCUCCCCGCUGAGAGCGCUUCACACAACGUUGCUCUGAAGAAGGGCAACACCCUCCUUGCUCCCCCUGACAAGUCGCUCCUCCACCGCUCGCAAUCUCGCGCUUUCCUCUCCGACGACGGCGUCCCGAUGCCCACCGAGUUCUUCCUCUCCUCCGACCCCUCCUCCAUCGUCGAGCACACCAAGAAGGUUCUGUACCUUGAGGACGACGACAUUGCACACAUCCACGAGGGUUCGCUGAACAUCCACCGUCUGCACAAGGAUGACGGCUCGUCCAACGUCCGUACCAUCCAGACUCUUGAGAUUCAGCUCCAAGAGAUCAUGAAGGGCCGCUUCGACCACUUCAUGCAGAAGGAGAUUUUCGAGCAGCCAGAGUCCGUCGUCAACGCUAUGCGUGGUCGUCUCGAUGCCGUCAACAAGACCGUCACUCUUGGUGGUCUCCGCCAAUACCUCUCUACCAUCCGCCGAUGCAGGAGAAUCAUCUUCGUCGCUUGUGGUACUUCCUACCACUCGUGCAUGGCUGUCCGUGGUAUCUUCGAGGAGCUUACCGAGAUCCCCAUUGCCGUCGAGCUGGCCUCCGACUUCCUUGACCGUCAAGCACCAGUCUUCCGUGACGACACCUGCGUGUUCGUUUCGCAAUCCGGUGAGACUGCCGACUCCCUCGGUGCUCUCCGCUACUGCUUGGAGCGUGGUGCUUUGACUGUUGGUAUCGUCAACACUGUCGGUUCUUCCAUCUCUCUCCUCACCCACUGCGGUGUUCACAUCAACGCCGGUCCCGAGAUCGGUGUCGCCUCCACCAAGGCCUACACCUCGCAAUUCGUCUGCAUGGUCAUGUUCGCGCUCUCUCUUUCCGAGGACCGUGCAUCCAAGCAGAAGAGGCGGGAGGAGAUCAUCGAGGGUCUCACCAAGAUCUCAGACCAGUUCAAGGAGGUGCUCAAGCUCGACCAGCCCAUCAAGAAGCUCUGCGAGAGGUUCAAGAACCAGAAGUCUCUGUUGCUCCUUGGUCGUGGCUCCCAGCACGCCACCGCACUCGAGGGUGCUCUCAAGAUCAAGGAAAUCUCGUACCUCCACUGCGAGGCUGUCAUGUCCGGUGAGCUCAAGCACGGUGUCUUGGCUCUGGUUGACGAGAACCUUCCUAUUGUCAUGAUCCUUACCCGUGACGACAUCUUCGCCAAGUCGCUCAACGCCUACCAACAGGUCAUUGCCCGUAGCGGACGACCAAUCAUCAUCUGCAACGAGAACGACCCCGAGUUCCCUACCGACAAGACGGACAAGAUUGAGGUGCCCAAGAACGUCGACGUUCUCCAGGGUCUCAUCAACGUCGUUCCUCUGCAACUCAUGUCCUACUGGAUGGCCGUUGCCGAGGGUGUCAACGUUGACAUGCCCCGUAACUUGGCCAAGUCGGUCACUGUCGAGUAG